GAAGUAUCUAUCUGUCCCUACCAUAACUUCUCACCUUCCAAAACACAUACAUAUAACCAUAUUCUUUCAAUGCUCUCUUUCUCUCUUUCUCUCCAAAAACAUCAAACUAUAAAGUCUCUUCCUUUCCUCCUUUUCCCAUCACUUUUCACUUCAAAUAACCAACCAACUUCUUAUGAUGUCUUCUAAGACAGUGUGUGUUAUGGAUGCCUCGGGGCGCCUCGGCUCGAAUCUGGUAAAUCGUCUAAUCCAAAGAGGCUACACUGUCCAUGCAGCAAUACAAAGCCAUGGUGAUCCAUUGUUGAUGCAAUCAUUUAAAUCCAAUAAAGUUAGAAUCUUUGAUUGUGAUUUGUUGGAUUAUCACAGCAUAAUGAAUGCAUUAAAGGGUUGUUAUGCUUUGUUUUAUUGCUUUGAGCCUCCUUAUGAUCACACCUCUUAUGAUGAAUUUAUGGGUGAGGUUGAGGUGAGAGCAGCUCAUAAUGUGUUGGAAGCUUGUGCUCAAACUCAUACAAUUCAUAAAGUGAUUUUCACUUCUUCAGUUACUGCUGUUAUUUGGAGGGAUCAACUUACCAAUACUAUUGAUUUUGAUGAAAGAAAUUGGAGUGAUAUCAACUUAUGCAAAAAAUUGAAGUUGUGGCACGCCUUAUCGAAAACCCUAGCCGAGAAGACAGCGUGGGCGCUAGCCAUGGACCGAGGAUUGAACAUGGUCUCGAUUAAUGGAGGGUUGUUGAUGACCUCACACCUUACAAUUACAAACCCUUAUUUGAAAGGAGCUGCUGAGAUGUAUGAAAAUGGAGUAUUGGUAACUGUUGAUCUCAAAUUUGUGGUGGAUGCUCACAUUUGUGUUUUCGAAGACAACAAUGCCUAUGGACGCUAUCUUUGCUUUGACCGUGUCAUCAACUGCAACCAAGACACGGUUGAGCUUGCUCGCAUUCUAUCACCACCAUCCUCAACUAAUGUGACCACAUUAGAAGAGGAUGUGUCGGUCUACCAACAAAGAAUAACUAACAAGAAAUUAAACAAACUCAUGGUUGAUUUUGAUAAUAAUCUUCUUUAGCUUCACUAAACUAAUUAUGUAGAUUAUCUUCUUAUAUGUUUUAGGAAUUAUGCAAGUUUAGAUUAAAAAAGGGUAAUUAAGCAUUGUACAAGUGUUAUAAUACUCGAAUGAACAAGUACUAUUAAAGUUUUAGGUCCCCUAAUCCUAACUCUUGUCUCAAAUAUGUCCCAUGGGGCCAAAUUACUGCACUACCCUUUUCGGGAUCCACUUCUUUAUUGAGAUAUUAUUAAUCUCACUAAUAAUUCUUUAUUGGUUAUUGAUUAAUCAUCAUUAUCAAUUCUCAACUUCUGAUUAUUAAA